GUUAUCAGUUCACUCUAGUCUCUCCAAUGACUAUGGCUUCAGCGCCUCCAACCUAUUCUCCCCCUUCUUCUUCUUCUUCUUCUUCUUCUUCUUCUUCUUCUUCUUCUUCUUCCCUCUCUAACCUGCAAUCUUCCAUCUUCUCUUCCUUUAAAUUACACCCAUUUCUCUCCAUUCCUUCCAGACCCAACAAUUAUAAUAUUCGCUUGAGAAAUCGAACCCUUUUACGUCCCUUAGCCACUGCGACCAUCGAAUCCACCAAUGCAGCUGUAGUUGCUCCGGAUAAACCAGAUAGAAGUUCUUAUGGGAGACAAUACUUUCCAUUAGCUGCUGUUGUUGGGCAGGAUGCCAUCAAAACUGCUUUGCUGCUUGGGGCCGUUGACCGUAAAAUUGGAGGCAUUGCCAUUUCUGGUAAGCGAGGAACAGCAAAGACAGUGAUGGCUCGUGGGUUGCAUGCGAUUCUUCCUCCAAUUGAAGUAGUAGCCGGUUCAACAUCAAAUGCUGAUCCAGCGUGCCCUGAAGAGUGGGAAGAUGGACUAGCUGAAAAAGCACAAUAUGAUGCUGCUGGAAAUGUUAAGACUGAGGUUGUUCGGGCUCCUUUUAUUCAGAUACCAUUAGGAGUGACAGAAGAUAGACUUAUAGGAUCAGUUGAUGUUGAAGAGUCCGUAAAGACAGGCACAACUGUGUUCCAACCGGGACUUCUUGCUGAAGCUCAUAGAGGUGUCUUAUAUGUUGAUGAGAUAAACCUGUUGGAUGAGGGGAUCAGUAAUCUGCUUCUUAAUGUUCUUACGGAUGGAGUUAACAUUGUUGAAAGAGAGGGAAUCAGCUUUCGCCACCCAUGCAAGCCACUUCUAAUCUCCACAUAUAACCCAGAAGAAGGCUCCGUGCGUGAACACUUGUUAGAUCGUAUUGCAAUCAAUUUAAGUGCAGAUCUGCCGAUGAGCUUUGAUGACCGUGUAGCAGCUGUUGGUAUUGCUACAAAAUUUCAGGAGAGUACCACUGAAGUCUUUAAGCUGGUGGAAGGAGAAACAGAUUUGGCAAGAACGCAGAUCAUUUUAGCGAGGGAGUAUUUGAAGGAUGUCCGUGUCGGCAGGGAUCAAUUGAAAUACUUGGUUAUGGAAGCCGUACGAGGUUCUUGCCAGGGGCACAGAGCUGAGCUAUAUGCUGCCCGUGUUGCUAAAUGUUUGGCCGCUAUAGAGGGACGUGAAAGAGUCAAUGUAGAUGACCUCAAGAAAGCUGUAGAGCUGGUCAUUCUUCCUCGUUCAGUCAUCAAUGAAAACCAACAACAAGAACAGCAAAACCCGCCACCUCCACCUCCACCUCCACAAAGUCAAGAAGGUGCCGAGGACCAGAAGGAGAAGGAAGAGAAUGAGAAUGAGGAGGAAAAUGAUGAAGAAAAUGAAGACAAGGAAGACAAUGAAGACAAUGAAGAGAAUGAACAGCAAGAUCAAAUACCCGAGGAGUUUAUUUUUGAUGCUGACGGUGGUUUGGUUGAUGAAAAGCUUCUUUUCUUUGCACAGCAAGCACAAAGAAAGAAAGGAAAAGCCGGACGAGCUAAGAAUGUUAUAUUUUCUGAGGAUAGGGGGAGAUACAUCAAGCCAAUGCUUCCAAAGGGCCCAGUAAAAAGACUAGCUGUUGAUGCAACCCUUAGAGCUGCUGCACCAUAUCAGAAAUUGCGAAGAGCGCAGGACACUGGAAACAAAAAGGUGUAUGUAGAGAAAAGUGAUAUGAGGGCUAAACGAAUGGCAAGGAAAGCGGGGGCUUUGGUAAUUUUUGUUGUCGAUGCCAGUGGUAGCAUGGCACUGAAUCGAAUGCAAAAUGCAAAAGGUGCAGCACUUAAGCUACUGGCAGAGAGUUAUACUAGCAGAGAUCAGGUUUCUAUUAUACCUUUCCGUGGAGAUUGCGCAGAGGUGCUUCUGCCUCCUUCUAGGUCAAUUGCAAUGGCAAGAAAUCGUCUAGAAAGGCUCCCAUGUGGUGGCGGUUCUCCUUUAGCUCAUGGCCUCACAACGGCUGUCAGGGUUGGACUGAAUGCCGAGAAAAGUGGUGACGUUGGGCGUAUUAUGAUUGUUGCAAUUACAGAUGGAAGAGCUAACAUAACGCUCAAGCGAUCUAAUGAUCCUGAAGCUGCUGCUGCUUCAGAUGCACCUAGACCUACUUCUCAAGAAAUAAAGGAUGAAAUUUUAGAAGUUGCUGGAAAGAUCUUCAAGUCAGGGAUGUCUCUUCUUGUGAUCGACACCGAAAAUAAGUUCGUCUCAACAGGUUUUGCAAAGGAAAUUGCUAGAGUCGCUCAAGGAAAAUACUAUUAUUUGCCCAAUGCCUCGGAUGCUGUUAUCUCAGCCACAACUAAGGAAGCCUUGUCAGCAUUGAAAAGCUCAUAAGUCUGCUGGAACUGUAUAACCUGCAAGUUAAAGUAGAGAUGCAUCAUUACUACAUGAUAAUAAGCAAGCAAGAGAAAAACAGAAGAAUGGAAGCGAGAUCUAAUUCUGAUAAUACAAGAAAGAAAGAGUUGAAAAAGACUUACUUCCACACUGGGAUCCAUGAGGAAGUGGUCUACCACAAUAAGUAGCAACGAAAACAGCUUUGUCCAUACUGAUUAGACUUUCCACCCUUUUGGUGACAUGGCUACAAACACAACCAGAAUCAAUCUUGUUUACGAUGGAACAACAUGCAGUAGAUGGUGCAAUUUUUGAUACCAGCUUCAUUACAUAGUUAGUACACUGUGCUACUAAACCUUGUAAAUUAUCAUCGCAGCUUGGAUCACCAUUUGCUGCAGAAUACACUAGAUGAUCACUAGAUAAUGUUACUGGAAUUUCAACUGAUAUUAUUAGUAAUGCCAAAGCCAAGACAUAAAUCUUAAGUACUGC